AUGGAGGCAGAUGGAGAAAACUACUAUGGAAAGCAUGGUGAACCAAGGAAAUUUGACCCCAAGUUCAGAGGACCUAUUCAUAACAGGCACUGUACAGACACUGUCUGCUGUGUGAUCUUCAUCGUCGUCAUUCUGGGUUACAUUGCAUUAGGGAUUGUGGCUUGGGUGCACGGUGACCCCAGGAAAGUGAUUUACCCGACCGACAGCUAUGGGCAGUUCUGUGGCCAGAAAGACACCCGCAACGAGAACAAGACUAUUUUGUUUUACUUCAAUAUUCUGAAGUGUGCCAGCCCCGUGGUGUUAAUAAACCUGCAGUGCCCUACGACCCAGCUCUGUGUCUCAAAGUGCCCAGACAGAUUUGCAACCUACAUCGAUGUUCAGGCUUCCUACAGAUAUAGACCGGACCAGUGGAAUUACUUCAGGCAGUUCUGCAAACCUGGCUUUAACAACCCUCGCAAGUCCGUUGCUCAAGUGCUACGCGAUGAAGAUUGUCCUUCGAUGAUCGUUCCGAGCAGGCCGUUUCUUAAGAGAUGCUUCCCCGACUUCUCCACGAAGAACGGUGUGCUAACCGUGGCAAAUCAGACGACGUUCAAAGAUGGAAGAGGGAAAACAAGAAAUGUAACUGAUCUCAGGGAAGCUGCAAAUGGCAUCAAUAAUGUCCUGGAUGCAAGAUCAGUCGGAAUGAAGAUUUUUGAAGACUAUGCCAUUUCUUGGUACUGGAUUUUAAUCGGGUUGUUCAUUGCGAUGAUUGUGAGUCUGCUCUUCCUUGUGUUACUGAGGUUCACGGCUGGGGUUCUCUUCUGGAUUUUCAUCUUUGGUGUGAUUGGAAUUAUAGGUUAUGGCAUCUGGCAUUGUUACUGGGAGUAUGAUCAUCUUAAAGGAAUACCUGGAUCUGACCUCACUGUUUAUGAUAUUGGAUUCCAGACAGACUUCAGGGUGUACCUGCAGCUGAGGCAAACGUGGCUGGCGUUUAUGGUAAUACUUUGUGUUGUUGAGGUCAUAAUCAUACUGAUGCUGAUCUUCCUAAGGAAUCGGAUCCGGAUUGCUAUUGCACUGCUGGAGGAGGGUAGUAGAGCUAUUGGCUAUAUCAUGUCUACGUUGUUCUACCCGAUCGUCACCUUUGUGCUCAUCGCAAUCUGUAUUUCCUACUGGGCUGUGACAGCGGUUUUUCUGGCGACGUCAGGAGAGGCUGUGUAUAAAGUAAUGGCUAAUCAGACGCUGUGCAAGUACACAAACCUGACCUGUGACCCAGAGACUUUUAACACAACCAACGUGACUAAAGUGUGUCCAGGUGCCCAGUGCACUUUUGCUUUUUAUGGAGGAGAAAGCCUGUACCAUAAGUACAUCUUCAUCUUCCAGUUAGCCAAUGCCUUCGUCUUUCUGUGGCUGGUGAACUUUGCGAUUGCCCUGGGCCAGUGUACCCUGGCUGGUGCCUUCGCCUCCUAUUACUGGGCCUCUCGCAAACCCGCUGACAUCCCCCUGUGGCCGCUCUUCUCUUCGUUCGGACGAGCAAUACGAUACCAUACAGGUUCGCUGGCCUUUGGAGCCUUAAUUCUUGCAGUUGUCCAGCUUAUUAGGGUAAUACUGGAGUACCUGGAUCACAAACUGAAAGGUACACAGAACUCCUUCACUAGAUUCCUACUCUGCUGCCUCAAAUGCUGCUUCUGGUGUUUGGAGAAAUUCCUGAAGUUUAUAAACAGAAAUGCCUACAUCAUGAUUGCCAUCUACGGUAAAAACUUCUGCACCUCAGCAAGGGAAGCGUUCUUUUUGCUCAUGCGGAAUGUGGUGAGGGUUGCAGUUCUGGACAAAGUCACAGACUUUCUCCUAUUCCUGGGGAAAAUCCUGGUUGCUGGCGGUGUAGGUGUCCUGGCCUUCUUCUUCUUCACACAGAGAAUUCCAGUCUUUGCGCAGGAAGCACCAACGUUAAAUUACUACUGGGUUCCGCUCCUGACGGUCAUUGUUGGCUCCUACCUAGUUGCACAUGGGUUCUUCAGUGUCUAUGCAAUGUGUGUCGACACGCUUUUCCUCUGCUUUUGUGAAGACCUGGAAAGAAACGAUGGAUCUACAGCAAAGCCCUACUUCAUGUCAGCUAGCCUCCACCGAAUCCUGGGGAAGAAGGAGCUAAGCCCUAAGAAGGCAGUGGGAUGA